CUUCCUUUCUUCUCCUUCUGAUCAGUUUUUAGUACUUUCUGGUUGCACGGUUAUGUGACUAUAUGAACAGAGAUUUGUGAGAGAUGUUGCAUUGCCUACUCCACUAUGCCUGAGAAUCUCGCUGGAAAAGUCAUGGACCUCACUAUGCUGGAGGGGAAGCGAGCCCAGCUGAAAUGGCAGCAGCAACAACAACCUCAAUCGUCCUGUCAUCAACCUCAACAGAGCUAUUUAAAUGAGACCCAAUUCAGUCCUUUCUCUCUGCUGCAUCAUCCGACAAUGAUGCAGCAAUUUCAGGACUUGAUCAACAACGAUCCAGCAGUACUUCGAGAGCUGGCGAACCGGAAUAUGAAAGCCGACCCCUGUUCAGUAAAUGGAUGGCCGGAUUUGGGGAAAUACCCAAUACCCAGAACAGUUUCUAACAGGGAGACGACGAUGGGGUUCCUGUCUCCCUCUCCUCCUGAUCUUGUCACUGAUCCUAUUGAGAUGGGUUACUACAUUUCGAGGACUACAAGCUGCCCACCGUCCGUGGCGGAGGAGAAAGGGGGAGAAUCGGUGUUGAUGACUGCUUCGUCGGCUGGAAGAGAGAGCUCCAAGAAGAGAAAAUUGGAUAAGGCACACAACUCAAAGGUUGCCUUAGCAGAGGAUACAAAAGACAAGAGAACCAAAGGAGAUGAAGAGGUGGAGUCCAAGAACACAGAGCAAAACAAUAAUGGGGAAACUUCUGGUGAUACUUCGAAAGAGAAUUCAAAGGUUCCUGAUGUUCAGAAGCCAGAUUACAUUCAUGUCCGAGCUCGUCGUGGCCAGGCCACCGAUAGCCACAGCUUAGCAGAAAGAGUGAGAAGAGAAAGGAUCAGUGAGAGGAUGAAGUAUUUGCAAGAUUUAGUCCCUGGGUGCAACAAGAUCACAGGCAAGGCCGGAAUGCUCGACGAAAUCAUCAACUAUGUUCAAUCUCUCCAGAGACAAGUAGAGUUCUUGUCCAUGAAACUUGCUGCUGUGAAUCCAAGGCUUGAUUUUAAUAUGGAAAACUCCUUCAAAAAACAGAUGUUCCCUGCUUGCACUACUAGUUUUCCAACCAUGGGGAUUUCUUCAGAACUUGCGAAUCCGGGCUACCUUCAGUUUAAUAAUGCAGCGCGGCAAGUGGAUAUGGCCAUAAAUUCCCCCGAAAUGACGAUUCGAAGAACCAUGAGCACUCCGGUGUCAAGAACACCGGAAUCCUUUCUAGACUCAUCAUGCUUCAAUCAGGUCCAACUCCCCUCUUCUUCUACUUGGGAUACUGAUUUACAAGGUCUCUACAAUGUGGAAUCUUAUCAAGGAAGAUCAACUCUUUUCCCAUCCCAACCAUUCACAGGCACCUUGGAAGCUGCUAACAUUCUAAAGAUGGAGAUGUGAUCUGUGGGUUAGCUAUCAAUCAUCAUAGAUUCGGUGGAGGAGAGGAGCAGUUAAUAUAUAGAUAUAUAUA